UUGCCUUGUUGUGAUGUUACUCCCGCUCUGUCAGGCUCUAACACAUCGCUUGAUACCUUCGCGCGCAGCACCACUAAUUGACACAAUUCCUACUCAUUCAGACUGCUCUGCGUUGGAAUCCGAGCCCCAUUUCAUGAAGUCGAAUCUUGUUGUAUCUCCAAGCAAACAACUUUCCAGCCUCAGCUUCGAGUACUUAUGACGUCCCUCUCAAUGUUUCAUCCUUGCCGGAAUGUGCCGCCGGUUGCAAAUAUCUUCACGUAAAUGAUUGGGUUUGAGAUCGCCCGAAAAAGCGUGUGGAUAUGAUAGACUUGACUUGUCUUUACCCACCACUCCGAGGAUGCGAUGGCGCGUAGUUUCGCUGAUACCCACACUGUUUGCGGUAUUCGCUGAAGCUGCAACGAACCGUACUAUCGACGACACGCACGGGGAUAGUAUAACUGGCAAUAAGCCAGUCUAUCAGCCAUUAUCGGCGUGGGCGGGGCCGUCUUGUGUCGGCUGCGCGAUUCUGCCGGACACCACGCAAUGCUUCGAGGGGACAUACUCCGCCGCGACGUACAACCCAGGGUUGGGCUCGAUGAAUAUCACAAUGGACUUUCCAGGGACUGCGAUUUACGUCUACUUCAUUCUUGCCAAUUUUCAAGGGGACGGCAUCACCACGGAGACUGCGGUCAAUUUUUCUGUGGAUGGCAACCUCUUGGGCGCUUACACACAUACCCCGACGUCGAGCCCGAACAUCGAUUUCGACGUGCCUGUCUUUUCUUACAACCAACUGUCCAAUUCGACGCAUACACUGCUCAUUUCUACUGAGGGCCCGAAGAAUAUCUAUGUGAAUUUUGAUUAUGCGAUCUACACAUUCGAAGACCCACCACCAGUGACCGUGCCGGCGACUUCACCAGCGACGUCACCAGCGACUUCACCUACAUCUCAGUCAACCAAUCCUCCUCUGACAACAAGUUCGCCAACGAGUCCGCCUACUUCGCCUACUUCGCCAAGCCCGCCAAGUUCGGCUAAUCCCACAGUCCCCUCAAGUUCAACACAAUCCAACUCGGUAUCGUCUCCAACCAUCGUGGCCAGCUCACUGAGUCGCGGGGCAAUAUCAGUCACUCCUUUGUCAUCAGGUUCCAUCACAUCUACCUCCACCACUAAUUCAGCCACCCUCUCGGCCUCAUCAACAGAUACUGUUUUGAUUCCUACCGGACAACACAGCCACGGUGCUCUUAUCGGCGGUGUCGUAGGUGGCGUUGUCGGUGCUGUGGUCCUCAUUGCACUUCUGGCUCUUCUCAGAAGGCGUCGCCGCAAACGUGCCCUGGAUGACCUCCCCGUCGAAGCCGCAGCGGAUCCUCUGAACCCAUAUCUGGACGACCCAUUGGCACCGCCCAGGAUGGUGAAUGCGUCUGGCUCAGCCGCAGCCACAUCCAUAUAUGCUAGUGAUAACGGGUCCAGGCAGGAUAUGUCCGAGCAGCCCUUUUCACCAUACGGCAUGCAAUUGGCUAGCAACUACCAGCACUCCGAGCUUUCGAGCGGCCCUGCGAGCAGUGCAGCACCGAGCGUCGCCCCCUUAAUCAGACCCCUCCCGUCUACUGCCGGUUUGGAAUCGAACAGGGACAGCAAAUCCGAACUCCGACGACGGGAACUGCAGCGGCAGUCGGAAAACGCUCGUGUUGAGCUGGAGCAGCUGAAUAACCGAGCACAGACGUCUUCUGCGUCAGAAAAUGCCGAGUUGCAGCAGCAUAUUCGCAACCUGGAGGCUGAGAUCUCAACCUUGAGGGCGCAGCAGUUGCAUGAAUCAGAGGCUGCCCCUCCAGAGUAUUCCGUAGCUUAGUCGACACUGUAAUACAUAUAUGCACUGCCUAAUACUCGAGAAGGCGUAUUGUGUUGUAUUCAAAUGAGUUUAAGAACUGGUCUUCUCAAUUCAGUCGCCCACAAGGUGGUCGUCGGUCGGACCAAAUAUCCGAUAUUCCCUGAUCUUCGACCGUACUAAUUACUGACCCUCUCCCUCUUGCUUUCCACGAUGCGACGCCAUCUGCCCACACUCUACUCUCACCCUGAGGAUGCACUGGACGAAGAAAUGGAGCACGAACAGGAUCGCUGGGAGAUGGGCACCCAGCAGUCCACUUCGUCCUCGCGCUCAAAUUCAUCAUAUUAUCCCGCACGCGGUAUCCCCCCGCGCAUCAACUCGCGCAAGGGCAGCACACCCUCGGCCAAGACCUCGUCCACCGCGUACUCUCAUUUUGUGAAGGUGUACCGUAGCCAAGAGGCGGACAACCCACUGCAUGACCCCGAUAGCCACUACUUCCAACGCGGGCUGGGGCAGCUCAUGGACGCGGGCGACAGCGACGAUGAGGCGACGAGCAUCUUCGACACUGUGGACAUAUCCACCCUUGCGCACGAAUCCGAGUUGAGCCACCCAGAGUCGCGUGGAGAGCGGGAACAGUGGCGAGCGAUGUUGUCCUCCGUGCUAUCUGGCGACGUCUUGAAAAUGGAGAAAUCCCGGAUAUCAAACGUUCUCGAGUCCGCGUCGUCUGUGAAGGAACAGCUCGUCAAAGACAUAUGGAUCGGUAUACGGGCUAGGCUGCAUGGGACGUCGGUGAAAGAGGUGAAGAGAUCCCUCGACGAUCAACGUAUUCGAAUAGCAGAUACGGUCAUCGAAAAUGUCCUCAAAUUCUCGCUAACCCCCGACACACCAUUCCCUGAGGCGAUGGAUCAGGUGUCGACUCUCUUGCACCGACUGGACUUUGUGCAGUCAUUGUACCCUGAUCUCAAAGCGUUCGCUGUCGACAAACCCGUCUGCCGAGAACCGCAGUUUUUACUGCGCCGGGAUGCAUUGAUAACAUGGUGGAACAUCAACACGACCACGAGCCUGCAGCUUGCACGUUUGCGCCGGUGGACGGGGAGCGAGACUCUGGACGUCAAUCAGCGCAACACCUCUACCGAAGUGCCUAUUGGUCAUCAACGACUAUUCGCGUCUCCUCGCGGCGGGCCCACGGACAAGGCGGAUACGUCGAGCUUCGUUGAGCGGGUAUUAAAGGAAGAGACGGCCCAGACGAUGUUCGAGAGGCGGUUUCUUGUCACGACGUACUCUUUCUUCCUGGGAGCCCGGGAAGCCCAGAUAGCCCUCGGCCCUAUCUUCAAGCAGAUGAACCUGCCGUGUCUUGAGCAACAGCUCGUUCCUCUGAUAUCAUUCCCCACGAAACUCGUCCAAGCUGGUCUCCAAGUCCGACUUGAUUCGACCAACAGUCUGGACGGAAUGCAGUCCAUGAUCGUGGACCAGAUGACUGAGGACCUCAAACUCAGCAUCGGUCUUGCAUGUCUUGUGAAGCGCCAGUAUCAGACCGUCUUUGAGCCAGACCCCAGCGGCAACUGGAACCUACCGAAAUGCAUCAGCGACGACUACGACGACACCAUUCGCCAAUCUAUCAAGGGUCUGUUCAAACUGAUCCAUCUCAAGCUGAGAAGUGGCGCGAAAGGCAUCUACUUCAAAGAGACGGAAAUUCUCGAAGCGCAGCGGGAUACUUUCUGGGAUGUCAGUCUCUCUGUGGCCCGUGGGUCUUGUCUUAUCGCCGAGGAGCUGUGCUCGACGACCAACAAACUCAUGGUUCGCGUGACAAAUUAUUUCGACACUCAGAUGCAGGUCCCUCACAAACAUGUGACCCAAGACACCCAUCACGGUCGUCGAAGCAAGGCAAUUACCGCUUCCGGAGACAACGAACCAAUGACACCCGAGAAAAUGAUAGACUGGUAUGGCAAGAUCCUGGAAAGCGUUCGUCUGCGAUACCGCAAGUUACAACGCUACGCCCGGGAACUCAUCAACCAAUUCAGCAACGCAGCAGAAUACAGUCUCGAAGGUGUCAGAAUGGAUCUGUUCAUCCGCUCGCUGGUGGAGACGGGUCACUUCCUCGUCUAUACCCGCACUUACGAGGAAGACUCAAUGUACAUCGUCGCUUCGCAUCUGCUUCGGGACCGGCCGGAAGCGGUGACUCGGAUUCUCACCGAAGCAUUCAAUGUCGAGGAGGUCAUCAAUGAGGACGGGAGCCGAGCCAUCGGAACCAAGGUCCAUUUGGCUUCCGAAGAGGACGACGAGCCGCAAUAUGUGCUCGUCCUGUCACCGUCCAAAGAUUUCUUCUGGAACGGACUGACGAUCGAGUUGACGGAUAUUCCCAAGAUUCCGCUAGACCCCAAAGAUGACCAUGUGCGCUUGAUCGCAGAUGGGCCCCACCCCCGACUGGCACUGGCCAAGGAACUGUUCAUGGACACGUUUGUGCUCGAAGACGAGAACGGGGAGUUGAUUGAGCCUGAGAUCACACUAAAAUGUGUCCAGGAGCAAAUGGCUAAUAUUCCCACGGUGAAUCGCGAGCUGCGUAAGAUCGGACGAGCGACGACGCGGUUGGCCGAGUCGAUCAUCAACUCGGUACAUUACGUGCGGAACGCCCUGGGUAUCUGCGCCGGCAGCCAAGAAUUACUGGAGAACUGGUAUUCUUUCGCGGCUGAGCGUGGCCAACAAGCACAGAAGUUUAUGGAGCGCUCUUCGAUCGUUCGCUUUGACCGGGCGUUGAUCAAACACGCCAUCUCCUGGGUUGCGUUCAUCUGCGACGAUUGCGACCCUACCGAUCGCAAAACAUUCAAAUGGGCUGUCAAUGCGCUGGAAUUCACAUUCGGUCGCAUAAAGCGCAACAUACAGCAGCUGCCGGAGGACCAGUUCCAGAUGCUGCGGCACAAAGUGGCGAAAUGCAUGACGCUGCUCAUCCAUCACUUCGACAUCCUGGGUGCACGGUCAACGACUGAAGCCAGCCGCGAGAAAGAGCGCCAGACAGCCAUCAUCAAAGCUCAGGCAUCUGAAACGGAGGUCUCCGAGGUUACCUACGACGCGGUCGCUCCGACGUGUGAUUUCUGGCGCAAUGUGUCAGAGGCGGUGGCCGAGCUGGAGAGCUCCCGCGCAGAAGCCAUCUCUCUCACCAACCACCAGACAUUCGGUCGCGUGCUUGACAACUCGAAGCUCGAAGAUCGGACGCUGGUGUUCCUCGCCUCGGCAUCGUCGAAUAUCUCCAUCCGCUGGCAGCUGAUCAAAUUCGUUGGCGCUGGUGCGUUCGGGUCUGUGUAUUCUGCGAUGAACUUGGACAAUAUGACGGUAAUCGCGGUCAAGGAGAUCAAGUUCCAGGAGCUGUCGAAUCUGCCCAACAUGUACGCUCAGAUCAAGGACGAGCUGAGCGUCAUGGAGCUGCUGCACCAUCAAAACAUCGUCGAGUACUACGGCAUCGAGGUGCAUCGGGACAAGGUCUACAUCUUCGAGGAAUUGUGUCAGGGCGGCAGUCUCGCUUCCUUGCUCGAGCAUGGCCGGAUCGAAGACGAGAGCAUCAUCCAGAUAUACACUAUUCAGAUGCUGGAUGGUCUCGCGUACUUACAUGCGCAGGGUAUCGUGCACCGGGACAUCAAGCCAGACAAUAUUUUGCUGGAUCACCGGGGUCUGAUCAAGUUUGCCGACUUCGGAGCAGCCAAGAUCCUCGCCAAGAACCAGCGCACAUUCCAACGCAGUCGACGACCGGAGCCCACCCCCGCCGAACCCGGCGCGGCGACAGGGCUCACGGGGACACCGAUGUACAUGUCCCCCGAGGUGAUUAAGAACGAGAGGCGCGGGCGCUACGGAGCAAUGGACAUCUGGUCGCUCGGGUGCGUUGUGCUGGAGUGCGCCACAGGGAAGAAGCCCUGGAGCAAUCUCGACAACGAGUGGGCGAUCAUGUUUCAUAUUGGAGUGGCAACACAGCAUCCGCCGCUGCCCGAGCCUGACGAGCUCAGCAGUCUCGGGGUGCAGUUCCUCAAGCGUUGCUUGACGAUCGAUCCUGCGAUCCGGCCAUCAGCGGAGGAGCUGCAGGACGACCUGUGGCUGAGCAGCUUCCGCCAGUCUUGGGAGGUUCCGGCUGAAGAAGACACGAGUGUUCUCCAGGAAGAGGAGGCCGAGGCGCUGCUAGAGUCCGCGCCUCUCACCCCGACAGAAGAGUGA